AUGCUCUCUAUAAAUAGGACCCCUUGCCCUAGACAAGAGGUAAGAUCUCUUAGCUUGAUUUACGCUAUAAAUACUUGCUACAACAGAGAAUUCUCUCCCAAACUUACUUUGCCAACGGAUGGUCUUGGGCUGGUACCACACCGGUACUCUCGACCUCAUCCAUUAUUUCUUCUCUUAGCCCAGAACAAAGCAUCACAUCUCGAAGUGUUGUAUGCUUGCAUUAAGGGUUUACUAGGCCGAAGCAUCACAUCACCUGGCAAACAGAUUGGCGCUGUCUAUGGGAAGCGACUGGCAAUCAACCCAUAUCUCCCUUUCUCGAAACCUAUGAAUCCACCUUCAUCCCUUGCGACCGAUGGUCUUAUCCUCGGCCUUACCAGUGGACCAAGCACCGCUCCCCUACUCGGCACCCCCCAAAACGGAAACGCCCGUUCGGCAGAACACCCUGGAGGUUAG